UGGAGGCUUAUGCGAUGCUACUUGUCCUCCUGGCUGCUGUGUAGAGGGUUCUGGUCCAGAUUGGUAUGGGUUUCGUGGAGGCUUUGUAGCAGGUUCUGGUCCAGUUGGGUAUCGGUGUCGUGGAGGUUGUGAUGAUGGAGCUUCUGGCACUGAUGGAGGCUUAUGCGAUGCUACUUGUCCUCCUGGCUGCUGUGUAGAGGGUUCUGGUCCAGAUUGGUAUGGGUUUCGUGGAGGCUUUGUAGCAGGUUCUGGUCCAGUUGGGUAUCGGUGUCGUGGAGGUUGUGAUGAUGGAGCUUCUGGCACUGAUGGAGGCUUAUGCGAUGCUACUUGUCCUCCUGGCUGCUGUGUAGAGGGUUCUGGUCCAGAUUGGUAUGGGUUUCGUGGAGGCGGUGUAGAGGGUUCUGGUCCAGAUUGGUAUGGGUUUCGUGGAGGCUUUGUAGAAGGUUCAGGUCCAGUUGGGUAUCGGUGACGUGGAGGCUGAGAUGAUGGAGCUUCUGGCACUGAUGGAGGCUUAUGCGAUGCUACUUGUCCUCCUGGCUGCUGUGUAGAGGGUUCUGGUCCAGAUUGGUAUGGGUUUCGUGGAGGCGGUGUAGAAGGUUCAGGUCCAGAUUGGCAUGAGUGUUUUGGUUUUUUAGUUGUUUGUUCUUUCUGACAUUCACACCCUGGCUCCUCUGUCGUAGUAGAUUGUGGUCUUUGGUUGAAAUACCGAUUGCAGACACGUCCACAUUUCCUCAGGCUACAUUCAUCAGGUACUGG